AUGAUCAUACAUUUGAAUCGUUCUCGCUCAAAGCGUAGUUUUAUUUGCCUCAUUCUUUUUAUCAUCAUUCUACUUAUAUUAAAUGGUCGACCAAAGUUUAUUUUUCAAUCACAUUUCCAUAUUCCAUGGUUAACUGAUGUUCAACUUGUACAAUCAUUAAAAUGUACUUCACACGAUUGGCCAGAUGUUUUACAAUCGAACAAUGAUGAUUAUGCUAAACAAGAUAGUCGUUUAACUAUUGUAAUUGUUACAGCACAACCGGAAUUUAAACGUUUACCAUUAACAUUAGCUGCACUAGCAUGUCAUCUUGAUUCUCAUCGUAUUUUUGAAGUUAUAUUUCUUACUCCACUAAAAGAUGUUCAUAUAUUAGAACCGUUUCUUUCUGAUCGACAAACUAAUCAUUGGCCAUGGCCAUUAUCAAUAAUACCUGAUGAUCAUCUAUUAAAACAUAUUAAUACAGAUUCAUAUCGUUUACAAAUGAUAUUUAAAUUAGUUGUUUCACAAAUAAUUAAAACUGAAUACUAUAUGUUACUUGAUUCAGAUUGUGUUGCUAUAUGGCCAAUACAUGUCGAACAAUUAUUAUGGCAAUCGAACGUCAAUAAAAGUUUACCAUUAUAUAAAGCUUUAUAUCAAAUUGAAGAUCGAUCUGAUAGAAUAAAAUGGUGGUUAGAAAGUGAACAAUUACUUAAAAUAAAACCAAAUACAUGCGUUUCAAAUGAUCCAUUAUCACCAACUAUUGGUGUCACACCAAUUAUUUUAUCAAGAACAAUUGCAUUAAGAACUUUAUGUCGAUUACAAAUACUUUAUGGUCAUAGGAGAUUUUUAAAUAAAUUAGCUAAUUGGGCUUUAUGGCGAGUUAUUUUCGAUCGUAUGUGGACUGAAUAUACACUUUAUUAUUUAACUGCUCAAUGUACUAAAACGUUUGAUACAUAUCAUUUUCAUCGAUCUUCAAAUCUUAAUUUCUAUGGUCUUAGUGUAUGGUGGCGUACUGAUUGGACUUCAUUUACUCGAUAUCAACUUAUUGAUUUAAUCAAUAUAGGAUUAGAACGACGUAAAAAAGAAAUUAAUAUAACAAAUAAUUUAUUAAUGAAUACUCAUAGUUUAUUUACUGUUCUUCAAGGUCGACAAUAUAUAAAUCCAAAUUUAUACCAUCAAUUAUUUUAUCCAUUAUUCAUUAAAUAUCUACAACAACAACAUAAUACUCUAGGAUUAGUCAAGAUACUUAACAAAAUGUGUGAACAAUUAAUUACAAAAUAA